AUGGCGAUGCCCCAACAGAAAGAGGCUUGUGUCUGGGGGGCCGGUGCCGGGAGGGAGAAGAGGAGGACAAGGGAGACAGAGAGCGAGGAGAGAAGGGGCUUUACUUGCACACCAUGCACACACUAUGGACUUGACAAGAAAGAAGAAGAAGAGAGGAAAUCAAGUCAGGGGAUCGAAGAAAAAACAGACUCAGACUGUCAACUGUCUUCACACCCAAAAUAUGGUAAGAUUAUGAAGUGA